AGUUUUGAAAGCCCAUCUUCACGGCCUAACGUAAUAUCCUAAUAGCAAAACGUUCCCGGCGUAAAUUAGCUUCCACCGCCGAUUUCCGGCACUCCCAACUCUGCUUCUAGUAUUCUCUCUCCAAAAUUCUUCAUUUUUCUAGAGAGAGAGAGAGUCCAGAUCAUCAUCAAUGGACGUACUCUUCAACUCAAUCGACGUCCGAGAUCUCCUCUCAUCCCACGACCUCGACGACUCCUCCCCACUGUCAGCACCCGAUCUCCGCCUCGUCAUCGAUCGCCUCCAAGUCCGUUCCCUCCAUAUCAAGUCCAAGGUCCAGAGCUACAUUCUCUCUCAUCACCAGGACUUCGCUUCGCUCUUCGCCCAAUGUUCCGACGCCGUUUCGAGAUCCGAACAGAUAUCGGGCCAAGUAUCCGACCUCCUCGGGCUCAUCUCGGACCACUCGGUCGACGUCGAGAUCAGAGACGUAGUGGCGGAGAUCGGGAGGAAGCGGAAGGAGGCCAAGGAGAAGAAGGAAUUGUUGGAGUUGGUGAGGGCAAUUGUGGAAUUGAGCGAAAAGUUGGCGCGUGCUAAGGCGGAGAUGAGGGCGGGUAGGGUGAUUGAGGCGGCGGAGGCCAUGACGGGGUUGAAAGCAGCGUUGCGGAUGCGUGAUGAGGCGGCAGCGACAACGGAGGAGAGAGAGCCAAUGGUGUAUGCUUUGUUGAGGAAGGAGUGGACGGAGUGCUUUGAGGAGAUACAAGAAGUGCUUGUGAGGUUUAUGGGGAAUGCUGUGCGGUUUGAGCAGAAAAGUAAUGCAGUUCGAGUAAAGUAUCGGGGGAGUAUAAACAAAACUGAUGGGAUUGAGCUUCAUACGGUAUUGAAAGCAAUGGAUGUGGUCGGAAUUCUAGAUUAUGGGAUUGGUAAAGUAGCAGACUUGAUGAUUAAAUAUGUCGUCACUCUGGCAGUUAAUAGUAGAUCUCCUUCUUCAUUCGUGGAGGAAACAAAUCAUGACUCAGGACAUUUGACCGAUGCUGUUCUGAAGAUAGUCCCUUCUUCUGAUCCUGAGAUUGAAAAUGUUGAUGCCGGAAAGAUCUAUUCAGCAAUUAUUCAGGCCAUUAAGUUUAUCUACAAUUCAAUUUGUUUUCAAAAUGGUCAUUGGAUGCGAUGUUUUGGAAGAUUGAUGUGGCCUAGGAUGUCAGAGUUGAUUAUCUCCAAUAUCCUUUCUAAGGUUAUCCCUGACGAUGCUUCCAAACUUUCUGACUUUCAGAAAGUAGUAAACCUUACAUCUGAAUUUGAGACUAAGUUAAAGGAAAUGAUGUUCAUUGCGCCUGAUAACAAGGAUGAAAGAUUGAGCAAUUUUGCAGACAAUGUUGAGGUUCACUUUGCAUCAAGGAAGAAAGUUGAGAUCCUGGCGAAGGCGAGAAAUUUGCUUCUACAAUCUAACUUCAACCUUCCUCAAGACUAUACAGGGAAGGCUACUAAAUUGAAGAAUGAUGGAAAUGCUGAAAAUUCUCCUGAUGGUGUUGUUGACUUGCUUUUUUUGUCUGAGAGGUGCACAGUGUCUAAAGCAGCUUCUCAACUAAUGGAACUAGUGCAUCAAACCCUUAAGGAUGUUUGCUUGUCUUCGACAAGAGUGGCACUGCAAUUCUAUCAUGCUGUUAGAGAUGCUCUACUUCUUUAUGGAGCUGUUAUUCCUGUCAAGCUAGAAAGGCAGCUUGAUGGCAUCAAUCAGGUUGCUGGUCUAAUUCACAACGACUGUCUUUAUCUGUCUCAGGAAAUUCUUGGGCUUGCAUUUGAGUAUCGCUCAGACUUUCCAAGUUCCAUCAAAGAGCUUGCUGUGUUUAUUGAUUUGGCUCCAAGAUUCCAGUUUAUGGCAGAAGAAAUAUUACAGAGACAGAUUCAACUCGUCAUUUAUAACUUAAAGGAGGCUAUUGAUGGUGCCGAUGGAUUUCAAAAUACCCACCAAUUGCAACACUAUGGGUCUGCAAAGUUUAGCAUAGAUCAGGUUGUUUUCAUCCUUGAGAAAGUACGUAUGAUUUGGGAGCCUCUUUUGCUUCCAUUGACUUACAAGAGAAGUAUGUGCAUAGUUCUGGAGUCAGUUUUUUCUAGAAUGACUAAAGAUAUACUCCUUUUAGAUGACAUGGCAGCGGAGGAAACAUUGCAGCUUCAAAGACUCAUUCAUUUGAUGUUGGAGAACCAAUCUUCUUUAUUGGACUCACUGGUUGCUAUCAACCAAACAGGGAAGUCGUCACAGGAGGGCUUUACGUACUCUAUAGACAAUCUCAUUCCCUCCCUACGUAAAUUACGCAGACUGUCAGAUUUGUUGGACAUGCCUUUAAAGUCUAUUACAGCAGCUUGGGAAAGUGGAGAGCUGGUCAAUUGUGGUUUUACAUCAUCUGAGGUGGAAGAUUUCAUCAGAGCCAUAUUUACAGAUUCACCUCUGAGGAAAGAAUGCUUGUCAAGAAUCGGAAAUUCCUACUUUUAGAAGUUUCAAGGGCAGAUAUGACCCCUCCCCCCCUUCCCCCUUUUAAACCAGCAGGUCGAAUUUGCCCGUUUCUUAGAUUUUUUUUUCCCCGAACCAACUAACAAAAAGCAGAUGCAACUCUCUCUAAAGUUUUUGUUUGUAUUUCUGUAUUUAUAGAGUUGAACAGGAAAAUCUUCUAUCCAAGGCAUCAUUUUGUAAAAUAUGUGCUUGUAGUGACUUUGAUGAAAAAAGAGGAAAGAGAAAAGUUGAUUUUAA